AUGGGAGCUUAAUGCUGUAAUAAUUACUAAUACCCAGAAGAUAUGGAACCGUGUGAAGAUGCAGAAAUGAAACGUCUCGACCCUCGAUAAAUCAAUAUAAAGUACAAUUACAAGAAGAAGUAAAAAGUCAUGAAUUCCAGUCAAACUACAAAAACUCAAGAGAGAACUAAGCAGUCGGCUGUGACUCUCAAGAGCGGAGGGGUGUACUAAGGUGAUUGGAUAGGGAAUAAGAGGGAAGGCUAUGGAAUUUUGAAAUGGCCUGAUGGUUCUGAAUAUUAGGGUGAGUGGAAAAAUAACAAAGCAAACGGAUAGGGCAAAUUUAUAUAUGCUGAUGGCGAUUUUUAUGAAGGACAAUGGGAGAAUGAUAAAUAAAAUGGCUAGGGGAUAUUCUAAUCUCAAAAUGGGGGGAAGUACGAGGGUUAAUGGAAAGAUGAUCUAUAAUAAGGACUCGGAAUCGAGACAUGGGAGGAUGGGAGUCGAUAUGAGGGAUAUUUCUAUGAGGGUAUAAAAUAAGGAUAGGGUACUUACAUAUGGAAUGAUGGCUCUCAGUAUACUGGAUUAUGGAUAGAUAACAAGCGACAUGGUUAGGGAGUAUAAGUUUGGAAGAAUGGGAAGGAGUAUCAGGGAGAGUGGUUUGAGGAUUUUAUGUGUGGAUAAGGAUCAAUGAAAUGGGCUUAAUGGAUGUAUCUAUAUAGGGUUGUUCAAUAAAGAUGCUCCAAAUGGGUAUGGAAUAUUUCAAAUAUAUUAGAUGGAAAGGAGCUACGAGGGUAGUUUUAAGUUAUCCAAGCCUAAUGGGAAAGGGAAGGUUAUUUUUAGAAAAAUGGAUAAACAAGGUUCGGUGAAUGGCAGGAAGGGAAACUAAUGAAAUGGUAUGAUAAUUAAUAGGAAGUGUAAAAGGAGAACUUCGAUGUACUCAAUUUGGAAGAUUUAUGA